CUACCUGUGGUUAGGAUCAAAAUGGCUGCCAUCCUGUAUCGAAAGGUUGCCUUGCAAAGAUUGUUAAAUGUCACGGCAUCUUGCUCCAAGAAUAGACAAUAUAUUUUAAGAGGGUGUACAACAUUUUUCUUUCGUUGUYAUACUCAAGAAAAAACAGCUAUAAACGACAGAACGUUAUUUCUUCGAGCAAGAGAAUUCCAAGAUCGAACCGCCAUCAUCGACAAAAAUUAUGGAGAAUCGUCUUACAAACAACUAUUGCAGUUAAGCGGUGUUCUAAGCCAAAAAAUCUCCGAAACAUGCUCAAAGAAAGGAGAGAAAGACUUAAACGGCAAGAGAAUAGCGUUCUUGUGCUCGAGAGAUUUAAGUUAUGUUGCUGUUCAAUGGGCAAUAUGGCGAAGUGGAGGUAUAGCUGUGCCCUUAUCCCCGUCAUAUCCUACAAAUAUGAUGGAGUAUUUCAUUGAAGACUCGGAUUCUUUAUUACUAGUUACAACGCAGGAAUAUUCUCAUAAAAUUAAACCCCUCGUAGAAAAGAAAGGAAUAGCACAUUUAGAAAUGUCAGAUGAUGAAAGAACAGAGCUCAAUGAGAAAGGUUUGCAUCCCACUUCAACAGAAAUGGAAGUGAAUGACUGGGAUGAUAAAGAAGCCAUGAUAUUUUAUACUAGUGGAACUACUGGGAAACCCAAGGGAGUAUUAAUAACACACGGGAAUAUCAGAGCCCAGAUCUGUGGUAUGAUAACAGCCUGGGGCUGGACAGGGAAUGAUCGUAUACUGCAUGUCCUACCUCUCCAUCAUGUACAUGGCGUCAUCAAUGUCUUAUCUUGCUCAUUAUGGGUGGGGGCUACUUGCGUUAUGCUGCAAAAGUUUGACCCUAAAAAGGUGUGGCAGUAUCUCACUGGCUCUAGCCCUCAGUUGUCUUUGUUUAUGGCUGUACCAACUAUCUAUGCAAAACUAAUUGAGCAUUACAGUGACUGCAAACACAACCAAGAGAUGAAAGACCACAUUAGAACAAUGUGUUCAAACAUAAGGUUGAUGGUCAGUGGUUCCAGUGCGCUUCCACAGCCCACAAUGAAAGAAUGGUAUGAAAUAUCUGGUCAUUUACUACUGGAGCGUUAUGGAAUGACAGAAAUAGGCAUGGCAUUAUCAAAUCCUUUGCAUGGACCAAGAUUACCAGGAAGUGUCGGAACUCCAUUACCAGGUGUUGAAGUACGUAUUGUAGCAAAAGAUGAUCAAGGCAAAGAACUUGAUAAUCAGGUCAUAGUAGAAGGUGAUGAACAGGGUUCUCAACUCCAUCAACCAGAAUUAGAAUCAUACAGAGGUGCACUACAAGUUUGUGGCCCAUCAGUUUUCAAAAGUUACUGGAGAAAACCCUUAGCCACUAAAGAAUCAUUUUCAAAAGAUCACUGGUUCAGAACAGGCGAUGAUGCAGAGUACAAAGACGGGAUUUACAAAAUAUUGGGCCGGUCUUCUGUGGAUAUCAUCAAAAGCGGUGGAUACAAAAUCAGUGCUUUAGACGUCGAACGUGAACUACUUGCUCAUCCAAGCAUCAAAGAUUGUGCAGUUGUUGGGGUGCCAGAUCCCACAUGGGGCGAAAGAGUAGCUGCGAUUGUGUCCCUCCACUCUAAUAAGAACCUCACUUUGCAAGAACUGCGUGAAUGGGCUUCAGAUCGACUCAGUGAAUACCAAAACCCUUCUGUAUUACAAAUUACUGAUGACCUUCCAAGGAACACCAUGGGAAAAGUGAACAAAAAAGAACUGAUCAAGAUAUUUUUUGGGGAGUAACUUCGUGUACCGGAAUUGUCAGGGGAAUGCUAUUCAAAUUCAAAUUUCGAAUGCAAAUUCAUUCGGCUAGUAGUCGUGUCUCACUAGUAGUCGUGUCUUAGCAUACAACUAAUUGAAAAAACGUCUUCUGGUUCAAAAAAAGGUUAUAAAAGCAUCAAAGCUAAUACCGAAGGUGAGCAUGGGAAGACAAACGAUUAUGCUAAUUUCAUGCGUAUUGCAGUUUUCCCUUCCCGUGCACAUUUUAUGCAUCAUGGCUUUGGCAGUUGUUAAUCUAGGUCGACAGACUUUGCUCUACUGUGCAUUUUUACAUGUCUAUAUGCAAAUAUAAUACACAUUUCGGUGUAUAUGAAUGAAUGAAUGAAUGACUUUAUUUAUACACACGCAUUACAAGAGAAAUAACAUAUAUGAAUAGCUAGAAUUAUAAAUAGAAACAAGCAUUUUACAGUAAGUAUUUACAAAUAUAGUGUAGAUAAGGUGUAUGUGGUUUCUGAAUUAGUGUAAACUUUCAAGUCAGCAACCACAAUGUAUUAUACUAUAAUAAAUAUUUUAUUGCAUACACCAA